GCCAGUGAGACAUGACUGGAGUCCUGGAGUACGCGGUCUUUGGUGUCCUCAUGGCGCUAAACUUUGGACUCGGGCUAUACUUCUCGCUUCGGCGCAAGGCUCGAAUCACGGACUCAACGGCCGAAGUGUUUCUCGGAAGCAGAACGCUGCGUUCCUUUCCGCUGGCGGCGUCGUUAGUGGCAAGUUUAAUUUCCUCCGUGAGCCUGGUGGGUUUCACAGGUCACUUUUACGCUUACGGGUUUCACCUUAUGUGGAGCGCCCUCAACACCGUCGCUAUGGCACCUGUGGUAGCGUUCCUGUUCCUUCCGGUGUUCUACGGGCUGCGCGUCACGUCCACGUUUGAGUAUGUCCGGCUGCGGUUUAAUUCAACCAUCGCCUUGGUGGCAUGUGGAAUCUACCUUUUCUUCUCGCUAAGUGCAGGUGCAAUAACCAUCUUCGCAGCCGGCUUGACGACGGUAACAAUUUUCGGAGCACCUCUCCUCUGGUGCAAUAUAUUAAUUGGACUCGGUGGGACAAUUUACACUGCACUUGGUGGACUAAGGGGUGUUGUCUGGACAGACUGCGUGCAGCUAAUCUUCAUUAUUCUGGGACCGGCGAUUGUCAUCGCUAAUGUCAUCGCCGGCUCAAAAAGUUCCAUUGGCGCUCAACAAGCACUCCGUGAGCUCGACGUGCAUCGAUACAUAACCAAUGUAGAAUUUGACAUUAGUCACGACGAGAAUGUCUGGUCAUCCUUACUGGCAUCUACGACUUUUUCUCUUUACCGAGUCGGCUUAGACCAAGUGACUGUUCAAAGGUGCAUGGCUUCCCGUACCCUCAGCGAUGCGAAGAGAACAUUGUUCAUUGGGUCAUUCAUGCUCUUCACCGUUUACGUCCUCAACUUAGCCCUGGCUUUGGCUUUGGUAGUGUGGUUCUGGGGAUGUGACCCGAGGCUCUCCGGUGCAAUCAAUAGUCAUGAUCAGAUCCUUCCAUACUACGUGAGCAGUUACGUCACAAAGCUUUCUGGAUUCACUGGUCUUUUUGUCGCUGCCAUCGUAAGCGCUGCCACAAGCACAAUAUCUUCAAUAAUCAACUCCCAGGCUGCCGUUCUUUACGUGGAUGUACUGUCACCGCGCUUUCAUAGCGUAAAGCUUCAUUUCAAAUGGGUCGCAAGGUGUACAGCAUUCCUACUAGGUGCGACGAUGACGCUCUGCAGCUGUGCUUGUGUCUAUUUGGGAUCUAUCACAAGGAUCAUUAUCAUGGUACUAUCUGCAUCCAUGGGUCCUUUCGUGGGCUUGAUGAUACUGGCAAUUGCGUUUCCUUUCGUGCACGCAAAGGGCGCUGGAAUUUCAACGCUACUGCUUUUAGGGUUCCAGCUGGUGGUCAUGUGGCAAUCUAUACAAAGCGGAUUCAAACCUUCCUUGAUGCCAGUCACACUGGACUACUGCCAGGAAAAUGGCAGUCACGUGGAAGUCAUGUCAAACGCCACAAACUCGCUGUCGACACCUAGGCAACCAAUGGCGCUGUUUCGGCUUUCUUCGUUCUGGAGCUGCCUCAUCAGUACUUGUGCUACCGUUAUAUUGGGUGUCAUGAUAAGUGUGGCAACAGGGGAACACAGGAAGCGAAACGCUGACGCGAAGCACUUGAACCAGUGGUUUCUUCGCUUUUGGCAAAGGCUAGGUCUUGCUGCACAUGACAAAUCGGUUGUGAAUGGAGACAUGCAAGACAACGCAGACGAGACUUCCUCUGGCCUUCUGGACAGCAAAGGCACUUCUAAGCAUGAAACAACAAUAUGAAACAUCGUGUUACUGAAUGCGACUGAAUAAAAUGAAUUUACA